GGGAAAGAGAGAAAGGAAGAGGGAGAGGGAAAAACAGAACAAGAGAGAGAGAGAGUUGGUCCCUGUGGAGUUUAGGAGACACAGAGGGACACAGAGGCUGUAUAAGUUAGAGCAACAAUGAGCAAUCUACCGUUCAACAUAUCCUCAUUCCUGUCUGCUCAGGAUGCCCCGCCAUCCAACCUGUCCCUGCUCGUCAACUCCACGACCCCGGUGCUCCCCAUGACAACCCAUGACCCCCUGCCCAUCAUCAUCAUCGCUGCCUGCCUCUUCCUCCUCUUUGGCGGCUGCAUCGCCUUCCUGGCCGUCUGCUGCUCUGGCGAUCCACCGGACGGGGGUUGCGAGUCCGGCUGCAGCCCAGCCGAGGGCCUCUCCUGUGGGACGCCUCGGUCCAGCGAGCCCCAGCUCAAGCUGUGGAAGCGCCUGGGCUCGAUGCGUCGCUCUGUUUCUUCCUCCUCUUCCUCUUCCUCGGUGCGAAGGAGCACCCCGCAGAGGCGCUCGCCACCGCCGAUAUCGGCACCCCUCAUCAUGGUGACACCCCCCACUGCCACGGCGACCACGCCUCAGAGGCACAACCUGCCCCCCCAUAUUGCCAUGCCCUGCCUGUUGCAGUACGCCACCGAAAUUUGACCUGAAAUACCUGUGGCCAAAGCGGGACCCAACUUAGCCAUCUAACCACUACAGAUAAUGACCAUUAAAUGACCAUCCAACAUGAGUCCUUGAAUUUCCCCUUGGGGAUCAAUAAAGUAUCUAUCUAUCUAUCUAUCUAUCUAUCUAUCUAUCUAUCUAUCUAUCUAUCUAGUCUAGAGGAAUUAUUUACACCCACAACCCCUGCUACAUGACCCCUAAAUGCCCCUUAAAAAUCAAGACUGCUGGAAAAGCAUCUUCAAGCACUAACUGACCUGCCUCACCAGCUGCCCUGUGCCAUUUGAGAAGCGAAACGUGCCUGAGGGCUGUUACUCUGAGAGAGUGCCACAGUUAGCCACAGGUAUGCGUCUGAGCAAAGAUAGUAGGUUAGCCUUUCAACCAAACCAGAACCCACCCCAUUGAUUUCACAUGCUGAUCUCAACUUCAAGAAGACUUGCUUUUUGACUACUCAAAGUUCCUGCUCACUGGACAGAAGGAACUACAGCAACAACAACUGAUAGUUUCUCUUCACAGGACUAAACCAUCACUAGAAUAUUUCUGAUGGUGACCUAAUAAUCUCACUUCUACAUAGACAACACAAGGAUUUGUAACAGACACUGUAUGAUAUGUUAGAAGUGAUCAGAUAUGUCUGUUGACUUGACACUUGACAUUAACAUUAAUUGUAGUUUUUGGAGGGUUAUAUCAUGAUGUGUAUGGGCAAAAAGAACUGGAGAAAGAGUGUUUUGUUGAGUCUCCAGUCAACUUCAUCCAAAACUGUGGUUUUAGAAUGCUUGGGGUUAAGAUUGUUGGGCCUGUGUUAAAAAGCUACCAUGGCAAUGUCUUUGUGUCAUUUGUUGAUGACCACACAGUAACCAUGGUUUCCUCCAACUCUAGCAGCACCCUUUUUUAGGUUGUGUAUUUAAAAUCAUAUCAAUGCUCAUGGUACAACACAACCCCCCCCCACACACACACACACACAAACUUGUACACACUGAUACACAUACAAUCGUUCUCUGUCUCUUUCUCUCUCUCUCUCUCUCUCUCUCUCUCUCUUACUGUCUCACACACACAGCAAUAACACUUGUAAAUACAGAUCUGGGCAGAGGUAUACUGUCACCACAAACCACAGUUACCAUAGUGUUGAUUUUGUGAUAAUAAUAAAUGUUCUUUUUGAAACAAAAA